AUUUCCUGCGUUUAUAGAUUCUUAUAUUUUCUUUUUAUUCCUGCUGUUGUUGGUGAUCUAACAUUAUCAAUACUGUUGUGACUCACUUUUCCUCCUUUUCUUCCUCCUUUGUGCCUCCCUCCCACUCUCUCAUCAACAACCACAUUUUUUUCCCAGCCCUAGUAUACCUCCAAACCAACCUACAAUGUCUUCCUCGCAAGACCCCCACCACGAAGACGACGUCUUCCUCGGCGCCGACGAAGGCGAAGAAAUCGUCGGCCAAGAUGAAGACCACCCAAUGGAGUCCGACGGCGAAGACCAAGAGAUGACAUUCGAAGACCAGGAAAUCCUCCUGCAAAACGACUCCGCCGCCCACUUCGACCUGCACUCCGACUCGCUCUUCUGCAUCGCCCAGCACCCCAUCCACAACGCCAUCGUCGCGACCGGCUCCGGCGACGACAGCGCAUACAUCUUCGACUCGACCCCGCAGAACGAGCGCCCCGUCCUGCCCCAGAGCUACGAGUCGAACCCGCAGCCCAAGCAGGAGCGCAAGUCCCUGCAACCGCUCGUCAAGAUGGAUGGACACACCGACUCCGUCAACGCGAUUGCGUUCACCGAGCCCAAGGGCGAAUACGUCGUGACGGGAGGUCUGGACGGCCGGCUGCGCGUAUGGCGCGAUACCUCGCCCCAGCUGACGGGGCUUACGUGGGGCUUCGUCGCGGAGGCGCAGGAGGUGGAGGAAAUCAACUGGAUUUCCGUGUGUCCGUAUGAGAACAACGGUGAGGAGAAGAAGAACGUGGUGGCUGUGGGCGCGAACGACGGCAGCGCAUGGGUCUUCCGCAUUGACCACAAUGACUCCGCCGAGCCCAUCUCCAUCAUCCAGUCCUUCUUCCAACAUACCGGCUCCUGCACCGCUGGCGCUUGGACCCCCGAUGGAAACCUCCUGGCCACCGUCUCGGAGGAUGGCACUUUCUACGUGUACGACGUCUUCGGUGCCGCCGCCGCCGCCGGAAUCUCCUACUCGACCGGCACCAGUGCCGUCGUGGGGCUGACGCCCGAGGAUCAGCGAUUCGCCGUCGAGGGGGGGCUGUACUCCGUUGCCGUCGCUCCCAGCGGUGGAUUUGCGGCUGUCGGCGGCGCGGAGGGCCACAUCAAGGUGGUCGGUCUUCCGCGGGUUGGCGGCGCCGCGGCGGCACCGAAAGCCAAGGGCAAGGCAACCGCCUCCCAAGCGUCGACGGGCGCCUCUGCCGCAGGCACGCUCCUUGCCUCGCUGCAGGCGCAGACGGACGGCGUUGAGACGCUGAGCUUCUCCGCGCCGCCGCUGAACUUCCUUGCGGCCGGGUCGGUGGACGGGUCGAUCACGCUGUUCGAUACCGCUCAUCGCUUUGCCAUCCGUCGGCAUAUCAAGGAGGCCCAUGAAGCCGCUGUUGUCAAGGUCGAGUUCCUGCAGAACCGCUCGGCGGCGUCGUCGGUGGGCCGCCCCGGUCCCCUGGCUUCUGCGUCUGCUGGCCAGGGCCGGACGUGGCUGCUGACCUCUGUGGGUAUCGACGGCGUUGUCAGACGCUGGGAUGCCCGUGGCGGAACGACGGCUGCGGGGCAGGGCUUGCUGUCCGAGUGGAGGGGUCAUCUGGGCCUCACUGAGAACAACGAGGGGGAGCAGUCCGGUGGUAUCAUGGGCUUUGUGCAGGGCUUCGAUGGAAAGCGGGUUGUCACUGCGGGUGACGACGGGAUUUCGCUGGUGUUUGAAGAAUAAUUUUGUAUGACGCUUCUCUUGAUUGAAUUAAUUGUACAUAGACCAGUGGUCUUGGAGUUUUUACCUAAAAAAGAUAUCUCUUGUUACGC